AUGUCUCGACUUCCGACACUAUCGACGCCCAGUCGAUCAUCCACCUCAUCACCUAGUACAGGAAUACCGACACCUACCACCAGACGACCACGAUCAUCCCUCGGUCCAGGUCAUAUACCGACUCCUUCGACGUCUGACGAUGUGAUGGACAGGGCGUUGCAGGAAGCUUUGAAGGUCAGACCACCAAGUAGCCUCAGGAAAAAUGGACCCGAAGAUCCUUCGUCACCUUCUUUACUUGGUGUGUCAUCCGCGGGGCGAGCAGCACCUCGUACACCCGGUGUGAGACCGAAAACACCCUUGGGUUUGGGACUGCCCAACACCCCCUUGGCUUCAAGGAGUGUUUCGAGAACAGGUAGACCAUCCUUAUCGACCUCUACGACCACUCCAUUCACUCCCCGUCGAACGUCCAUGGCUUCGUCCACUACAUCAAGUACACCGUUUGCUAGACGACCAGAAUCACGAGCAUCAAAUGCCAACGAUACCUCCAAAUGGGUCCCGGUAGUAGGGGAGAAAGUAAGGAUCAACUCGAUGGGAUACGAAGGUAGACUCAGAUUUCUAGGUGCGACACAAUUCAAGGAAGGUGUUUGGGCAGGAGUGGAGCUGGAAGGUGGAUUUGCGGGUAAAGGUAAAAACGAUGGAACGGUGGAAGGCGUCUCUUACUUCUCCUGCCCACCACUAUGCGGUAUCUUCGUCAUCGCUACCAAGCUCUCACCACCAACGGCUGGACCCUCAAGACCUUCUUCUGUAGCUUCGUCCCAUCGUUCACUUGCCUCCUCAUCCGCAUCUUACUCACUAAAUGGUCGAGCUACUCCUUCCUUCGAUCGAACACUACGUGAUUCUACCACUACUACACCCGGAAGGACCACUCGAGCAGUCUCAUCCUCAGUACGACGAGCACCACCCUUAGAUGAUGACGAGCCAUUACCGACUAGGACUGCAUUGGGUACAAGUACCAGUGCGAAUGCUGGGGUGGAACGCAAAAUCACUGCUGGGUCAAGGGCGAGUCGAUAUGUGGGUAUGACCGCUAAGCAACUUGAUUCGGCUCGCGCGGGGACCCUCAACGCUUCCGUCAAGAGCACGGCCACACCUAAACCAUCUAGAAUAUCCAUGGGAGGAGGAGUGACACCUGCCCGAUCAGCUAGACAGAGUAUAGGUGGAUCCUUAAUCACUCCUCGUCCGGCCCGUGGUCCGAGGGCAAGUAAUAUCCACGAAAUGCCUCCACCUCCCAGUCCAUCCAGUAUAAAUCGAGUGGUUGUUGCACGUCAGACCGAAGCGCUAGAAGAGGAGAUAAGAGAAUUGAAAAGGAGAAAUGCAGAGUUGGAAGAAGAUCUCCGAAAUGUCGCAGAGGCAGCAUCGGAUCUGCCUCAAUUGGAAGAAUUACAAAAUCUAGCUUCUCAGGCUAGAGAAGAAGCUGAUUCCCUCAGAUCACAAUUGGCUGAUGCUCAAGAUGCAGCGAGAUUAGCAGAAGAGUUACAAUUGGCGCAUACUGCUUCUCAAGAGGAACUGGCCACGAAGGAGAAAGCUCUGAAUGAUCUCAAGAAGGAGAUGAAGCUAGUUAGUGAGAGGAACGAAGCUGAGUUAUCGGCUGGUAUGGAAGCUAAGAAAGAGGAGGUGAAGAAGAUGACGGAAAGAGCUGAAGCGGCGGAGAUGGAGGCGGUGGAGAUGAAAGCUCUGGUGGAUGAGUUGACAAAUGCUGGUCAACAAAUGAUAUCGCUAAACGAGACAAAGCAAUACGAGCUGGAAGAACGUGUCCGGGAAUUGGAAGAUCGCAAUAGAAUAUUAGAUGAGAAAUUACAGAAGGCCAGAGAAGAGCAGGAAAAAGCAUUAUUACCUCCAUCACCUACCACCCGUCAACGCGAAGCUGCCACAGCAGCUGAGAUCGAUAACGAGACUUUGACUGCUCAAGUGAGACAUCAACAAAACAAGAUAUCACUUUUGGAAGAAGAGUUGGAUGAUCUGAGGAGUCAAGCUGAGAAUGAAGCUGAGGCUUGGAGAGGGAAGUUGACCAGAUCGAAAGAUGCUGAAAAAGCUGGUCAAGAGCAGGUACUGGGCUUAAAGGAUGAUAUGAAGAAGUUGAAUGAGCAACUACAAGGUGCUAAAGCAAGAGUAAAUGAGUUGGAAGGUGCUCUGAAAGAGAAUCAAGCGGCUUUGGAAGGUGCGAGAGCAGAUAUUGAGGGUUUGAGAGGUGAAGCUUCGGAAGCGGCAUCGAUGCGAUCUGCUCUCAUGACUGCUACAGCCAAUGAGAAAGCCUUGUCGGCCGCUCAAGAGGAACUUAAAGAUCUUAAAGCGAAAUUCGCCACUGCUCAGGAAGCUGAAUCUCAGCUUAAAGAGAUCCAAGUUAAGCUGGCUGAGAGCGAUUUGGAAGCUAAGAUCAGCAGUUUGGAGAAUGAGGUGACCAUGCUCAAGGCAACCGCUUCAUCAUCACUUGAGAAUAACCUUCCUCAAGAUCGACGAUCACGCUUAUCGACCGGAUCGACCGAAGAUGCCGAUAAGAAGAUUAGAGGAUUCCAGCAUAUCAUCCAAGAACUUUCUGCUGAAAAUUCGGAAUUGAAAGAACAGGUGGAAAGUCUCAAGGAGGAGGUGGUGUUGAUGAAAGAGGAGAUCAAAUUACUCGAAGAGGCAGCUUCAGAUGGACAAGGUGGAUCUGGUGGUGCUGUUGAUCAGAAAGAAUUAACAGAAGCCAAAGUAAUGAUCAAAGAGCUCAAUAGGGAAGUAGCCGAAUUAGAAUCAUUGAUAGAAGCCAAGAUUUACAGAGAGGACGAAUUGGAGAAUCGAGCUUCUUCGCUCGAGAGGGAGAUCGCAAGAUUACGAUCAUCUUCGUCUUCAACUGGAGCUGGUAAAUUGUCUGAUGGACCUCCAAACAGUUUAAGUUCACAUACUAGAUCUUCAUCUACUGCUACUGCCCAUACGGCUGCAGAUGAUAGAUGUGAACUGUGUGAGGGUCCACAUGAUUUGGAUGCUUGUCCGGUAUUUGCUGGGAACGUACUUGGUGAUGGAGGAGAUCUUGGGAAAAAGAACGGUGCAAGUGGGAAAUGGUGUGCGGAUUGUGAGAGCACUGAACAUGAUACGGCUGAAUGUCCAAUGGCGGAAGAUGUUUUCUAA